AUGGCCGGUAUCACAGAGUCCAGGCAGAGUAUUGGUCAGUACUUUGCUGAGAAAAGGAUCCCCACUUGCGAGUUGUUGCAUCCCACACGUGAGCUCGAGGAUGCAUUAAGUCGCUGGGUGGGCAAAGAAGGGGUCCCUCGGGCCCCGUUAGGCAACCUAAAGCCCAUCCUGGAGAUUAUGAGACUUCGGAACCUCCGUAUUCCUCAAGUGGAAGGAUAUCUGGCUGGCAUAUAUUCGGAUCCGAUACCCAAGACAUGCUUUGCCCCGUUUCCGCUCACUGUUGCGACAUGGUUGAUUCACAAUAUGGUUGUCAGGUCGUGGGAUCAGCAAAGGCAAGACCUAGUAAUGAAGACAAGAGAGAUCAACCAGGUUCUGAGACACAAGAUUAGAGUCAUCAGGGAUUCAGUCUUGUGGAUGAAGGAUCUUUCGGGAUCGAUGGGGAAUUGGGAGUGGAAUUUGCUUCCGCCCAGCGACGUGAACUCCGACUGGAAACGCGAGCGUGCCAUCCGAGAAAAUCUGCUAUGGUUGCAAGGCGGGGAGGCGAAGAAAUUCUAUAAUAAAAGGUCAGACCAAGUGGAUCAGUCCAGGAUCAACGAGUUAUGGGAGAUGUUUGUGAAGAACGAAGAUUUGCCCGUUCAAUGCGCUUUCUGCCUUGCGCAGAUGGGGGCAAAAGGGAGCUGGGAUGCAGAAGACAAGGUCAACAUUCAGAGCAAUUGGGUGCCGCAGGAGUGGUUCGAGUAUUACCAAGUCAUCUCUAUCCUUCUGGUAUGCGGUGACAGGUCCAGAUAG